AUGCUUCAGACACAGGAUGUUGGUGGUGUCCACUCACACAGGUCUCUUAAACAGGAUAAGAGAGAAUAUAAAGAGAAAGUAAGGCAGACUAAAAGGGAGGUAGCCAGAGCAAAGAGACUGGUGUGGGAAAAUUGGUAUGUAGGACAGAAUAGUAGUGAGAAGGAAAAAGAUAUGUUCAAAAAUCCAAAACAAAUGAAGAAAGAGAAGAAAGAUGUAACUGGAGCAAAAUAUAUAAAGGAUGAAAGAGAAAUUAUCAAGAUAAAGGAGGAAGAAAUACUUGAGAGGUGGAGGUGCUACUUUGAAAACCAGUUAAACGAGGAAAAUGAACACAACCUGGAAGAGGUGGAUAUGGUGGAAGUUCUGAUAGAAGAAAUCUCGGAGGAAGAACUGAACAGAGCAUUGAAAGGAAUGAAAAGUGGAAAAGCGCUGGAUCCAACAGGAAUCAUCAGUGACUUAAUGAAGAAAGCAGGUGUUAUAAGAGAAUUAACAAGGGUGUUUAGAGGCAUAAUUGACAAGGGAGACAUUUCUGAAGACUGGAAAAAUAGUAUAACAGUGUCAAUCUAUAAAGGAAAAGGAGAUGACUUGGAGUACGGAAAAUAUAGAGGAAUUAGACUAUUAGAACAUGGAAUUAAACUGUUUGAAAAGGUAAUGGAGGAUAGGGUAGGGAAACUGGUAAAAGUGGAUGAUCAACAGUUUGGGUUUUGCCCAGGAAGAUCAACAACAGAUGCAAUUUUUAUAAUGAGGCAAAUACAGGAGAAGUUCAGUGAAAGGAAGAAGCUAUUCCACGUCUUUGUUGAUCUAGAGAAGGCAUUUGACAGAGUGCCAAGGAGAGCAAUUGGGUGGGCACUAACGAGACAAAAAAGGCUUGUGACUGCAGUCAUGUCUCUGUAUGUGGAAUCAAGAUCAAGGAUGAAAACAUUGGCAAGAACAUCAAGGGACUUUGACAUAAGAGUGGGAGUACACCAGGGAUCAGCUCUUAGUCCACUACUCUUUAUCACAGUAAUGGAGGAGGAUACUAAACUGGCAAGAGGAGAUGGCCCGUGUCUGAGGAAUCUCAGGGGGGCACAGAACUUUGUAUGUCCAAGAUGUGUGCGGGAUGAGGAGGGUGGUGGUGGCGGUGGUGAUGACGAGGAUGUCGGGUUGGAGGUGAAUGGAGGUGUGUUGGACUGCUACUUGGGAGAUAUGUUGGACUGUGAAGUGGGUGUAGAGAGAGCAGUAAGGGCAAGAGUAGCAGUUGCAUGGGGAAGAUGGAUGCUGAGAUACAUGGCAGGAGUGAGGUUGCAAGACAGGAGGUCUAGCAGUGAGGUGGCGGAGAUGUGUGGAGUUGAAGACCUUUCUGUUGAACUGAGGACGAGAAGACUGAGAUGGUUCGGACACGUGAGAGGGGUGGAGGGAGGGGCGUUGAGUGAGGUAGAGAUGAGGGUUGGAGGCCGUUGGCCAGUGGGAAGGCCAAAGAAAAAGUGGAGGAAGUGUGUGACAGAGGAUAUGAAUUUGUUGGGAAUAGAAGAACAUAUGGAACAAGAUCGCCAGUUGUGGAAAGCAGUCAUUGCCCAUCCAACCCCACCCUAA